AUGGAAACCUCUCCAAGCCACUCUGCGCAGGACCACCAGGCGGCACCGGUCAACACAGAUGCUGACAACAAGUUCAACUCUAGUGAUGGAAUGGAGGGUGUUCCGCCAGUUCCUGGUUCUCCGGCUGCUGACGAGACCGGGGCGGUAGCGGCGAACGACACAGCCGCCGAUAAUAAGUUCAACUCUAGCGAUGGAAUGGAAGGGGUUCCGCCAGUUCCUGGUUCUCCGGCUGCUGCAGAUGACAGCAGCAGUGCGGCAACAAACAACACCGCUGCUGCGGACAACAAGUUCAACUCUAGCGAUGGCAUGCAAGGUGUGACAGCAGUUCCGGCAUCCACGGCGUCCGAGGAUGGUGACGAUGACGACGACGAUGACGACGACGAUGACGACGACGAUGACGACGACGAUGAGGACGACGAUGAGGACGACUGA